CGGUCCGCGCCGGGACGCGCUCGGUGCGGCCGCGCUUUCCUUACAGGUGUCUCUUUCCCAGUGCCAGGAUUGGAAUAACUGGCAAAACAGUCCUUGAGCUCCCUCGUGUCCUCUGGAUCCGUAGCAGGUUUCUGCGAAAUCCCCUGCUUCCUCUGCGCAGAUCUCUUGGUGUGGAGCAUCGCCGGCGUGCGGAGCCUGCCCCACGCACCCAUCCCCUGCCAAACCACGGCCUUUACCUGCGUGUUCCGGUGUUUCCCGUGCGACCCGUCCUGCGGGAGCGCCUCCUGGGCCACCCCCGACUUCAGCCAGCGCUCGGUGGCCCCAAUGGUGAAGAUGACGAGGUCCAAGACUUUCCAGGCGUAUCUGCCUUCGUGCCACAGGACCUACAGCUGCAUUCACUGCAGGGCUCACCUGGCCAACCACGAUGAGCUCAUUUCCAAGUCCUUCCAGGGCAGCCAAGGACGAGCGUACCUCUUCAACUCCGUAGUUAACGUGGGCUGUGGCCCUGCAGAGGAGCGGGUGUUGUUAACAGGACUGCACGCCGUGGCAGACAUUUACUGUGAAAACUGCAAAACCACGCUGGGCUGGAAAUAUGAACACGCUUUUGAAAGCAGCCAGAAGUAUAAAGAAGGCAAAUACAUCAUUGAACUAGCUCACAUGAUCAAGGAUAAUGGCUGGGAUUGAGCGGGAAGAGCCCGGCCCUAGCAGCGUGUGAGAGAAUGCCAUCCAACCGAACAUUAUAUCCAAGAGUGAGAGAGUGACUGAACGCUUGGUUCCAUGCAUUUAGAGGCUCUGCAACCCGGGAGCAUCUUCACACCCUUCUCCAUCUUUAUUGGUGACUGGCCUCUAAAUUUCUGUCUCUCUGUCUCUUUGCUUUGUAUCUGUUUGUGAGUUGACCCUGGCUGCUUCUCUCUCUGUUCUGGCGUUGGCUCAGAGAACGCACCGAAUGCCCGACAGCCAUUCCACGUGCCCAGUGCCCGAUCCAGCCUGGCCUGGGCUCUCCUGGCACCUCCCCGGGCCCCGAGGUUUGGGCAGGAGAAGGUGGGACAGGGGUGGGGGAGUGGGGAACCGUCAGAAGGUGACGCUGGGCUUCUCCUCUCAGUCCUGGUUCAGCAAGGCUUGAAACCAUCUCCUUGUCUAAAUGGACAGAGAAAUAAUCUACUGGUCUAAAUGGAUAGAGAAACACCUACUGGUCUAAAUGGAUAGAGAAAUAUCUCCUUGUCUUAAAAGGACAGAGGAAUAUCUCCUUGUCUAAAAAGGACAGAAAUUACCUCACGGCUGCGUUUUCUCUCUGAAUCCCGAAUCCAUCGGCUGAGCCCGAGGCAGAACCAGUUCCCCCCACAAUCUGUGUUUUGUCUGCUGUUUGUGAACUCGUCGUUUGAGGGGCAGGACCUGGAGGCUGGAGAGAUUUCCCUGCCUCUCCUUUUCCUUGCUGGUUCGGGGUGGGGAGGCCGAGCGUCCCGGCAGAGCGCGGCCGUGGGGAGCGUCCAAACCAAAUCCUGGCUCCUGAGCCCUUCAGAGAGGAGGAGAAAACCACUUCAGGCACAAGGAGGGUGGAGCUGCCGCUUAGAAAAUGUGGCGGGGUGAAAAGAGGCACGUGAGAGGCAAGGAAGAGGAAAUUCCGUAGAGGAGGAUGGGGACAAACAGUGACAAAGGGCACCCCCGGAUUUCCCGGCCUCCCCUGAGCACCCUUGGCGGUGUUUUGCCAAUCUUUCACAAGUGCAAGUAGGAAAAUGCUGUUAGAGAACCUUUUCCUUGGAUCCCAGGCUCCAGAGGGGGAGCCUGGCACAGGAAUGGUGCCAGGGUGGGGCGAGGAGGGAGCCGAGUUCCUGGGGUUGUGCGGCACAGCUGGAUAUUUCCAGGGAUCCUCCCCAAAAAGUUCCCUCUGUUCCCUCUCCCAGAGGCCCGCUGCAGGCGCGGGGAGAAUGGGAAAGACGAAAAAAAGGAAGGAAACAUCUCCCCACCACCCCUGGAAUGAUCUAUGCCUCGAGGGGUGGAUGUGAGUGUCAAAACUGCAAGGGACAAGGAGUCCUUCCCAUUUUUAAUUUUUCCUGGGUGAUCCCUGAGCUCCUUCCCGAGGCGGGUGGUGGGGAAGGGGCGUUGUGUGCGGGAGGGACCCGUGUUAGGCCAGGAGAAGCCCCAGGAGUUUGCUGUGCCGCAGCCCAGUGCGUCACCCAGGACUCUGGAGCCGAGUUCCUUUCAUCUCUUCCCCGAGGGAGUUUUUCUUUUUGUUGGCAGAAUUGGUUCAAGUAGGUUAAUCCAUGGGGGGAAAUCUUCCUUAAUCCAGAAGGAAAGAGUGUUGUGGUGACUCCUUAUGAAACAGAAGCUUUGGAGCUGUAAUCUGCUGUCACUGGCCCCCAGCCCUGAGAGGUUCCAGGGGCUGGGGAAGAGUCAUUUGCUGUGAAAUUGGCAGGGAACGUGAACAGAGACUUCCUUAAUGAUCAGGGUGGAAUUCAGCGUUGGAUCCUUGUGCUGAAACCCAAACCUGACCAAGCAAAGGUUGUGGUUUUCUCCCUCAAAGCUCUGUUCUUGACAGCCUCGGAGAAAUGAGGUGGAGUUGGCCGGGCUCCUGCAGGGGAUGGAGUUUGUGACCAACCUGUCCAGAGGUGGCUCCUGCCCUCACGCUUCUGCUCUGGCUGUGUAACAACUGCUUCAGCUUUUGGUUUGGGUUGUCUCUGCUUCCAUCAGCCACAUUCCCUCCGGUGACAAAUCCAGUAAAAAUCAAAAAUUCCACAGCACCUGCUGUUGUGUGGACUCUGGCACUGACCCGGUGCCAUUUCCCUGUCCUUCCAUUGAGGAUCCAUGGCAAUUUAUUGGGUUUUGACUGGUGGGAAGUAAUUCCCGUUUCUUCAAAGAGCUCUUUAGUCUCCACAGAGCCUUUAGAGGAGCUGGGAGAGGUGAGGGCUCAUCCCAAAUCCUGUGAGGUUGAGAAGAGUGCACAGGGCUCGUGGUUUGGCGUUGGUGUUUGGAGUGACUGCUGAUCGAAAAGCGAUACAAAAGGCAGGGCUGUGCAGAGAGCUGCUCUGAGAAAUGUUUUUAUCCGUUCAUUUGGGACAGAAAAGGACAACGCCCCGUCAGACCUGGCUGGUUCUUACUGGUCACAGGUGUUGGGCUUUUGAUGGCGACCAGUCCAAGCCUGAACAGGGCGAGGUCUUCAUCUGCUUUUUAAUUGGUUUUGUCCCAUCAGCCUCUUGCUGAGAGCCUGGCCCUGAGCCCUGCUGGGUGCCCCAAGCGUGGCUGAGCCUGUCCCCAGCACGCAGAGGAUUCCCUGGGGAGUGGCUGGCACCUCCUGCACAGGGGGAACAGGAGGAAUGUGCUCCUGCAGCUCCUGCGUGUGUCCAGAGAGCAGGAACCCUGGGGGCUGGGGGCUGGCAGGAAUUUGGGAUCUGUGCUGGGGGAGAGCGAGACACUCAGAGAUAACCAAAGAACUUCCCUGCUGAGCUGAGCUGAGCUGAGCUGAGCUGAGCUGAGCUGAGCUGAGCCGGCUGCGGCCUUUUCCCAGGAGGAGUGGAGAUGUGGCCCAUGGAAGCCGCUUCCUCAGCACGUGCUGCUGCUUUCCCUGGGCAGCAUCCUCGGGAAAACGCGGACAGCAGCGAGUUUUCCUUCUUCUUUUGGUGUCCAGCCUCGUGUCUGGGCAGCUGUGAGCACCCUUGAGUUUACAUCCCCCCCUCUACCCCAAAGCUCAGACUUGAGUAAGUUUGAAAUUGUUUUUGCUUUGGUGGAUUGUCUGGUGUGAAAUCCCUGUUAAGAAUUAUUCAGAUGAUUAUAUAUAUAUAUACACACAUAUAUAUAUAUAUAUAUACACACACACACAAAGCAGAAAAAAUAACCCCCAGACGUUAUCUUGUGAGAUAUACUUUUGUAAAUAAUAUUUAAUUUUUUUAAAAAAAGAAAUAAUAUAUUUGGUGCUGUUUUCUCAGAGCCCCUCCCUGAGAGCACUUUUUUUUGUUGUUGUUAUUGUUUAUGACGAGCCUGUUUCCUUCUGUAUUUGUUGAAAAAUAUGUUUAAAGGGAAACAAAACCCAUCAUUUCCGUUGUCCUCUGAAGUGGAUCCGCGUUUCCUGUGCCUGUGGCAGGGGAGGGGACUCCCAGCUGGCGGAUUUGGGGGCUGGGAGGGGCUGCAGGAGGGCUCCAGUUCCCCGGGGUCCCCCCAGCAAUCCCCCGAGCCCCUUGGAGCUCCCACUUCUCCCUGGUUUGGGGAGUCCAGGCCUGGAAUUUCCCCUUGCACCAGUGUUGGCUGGAGUGGAGUGGAUCUGGAGCUGCGGGAGUUGGGAUUGGACAGGAGCUGCAGCCUCGGAUUCGCUGUUGCCGGGGGCAGCAGGGAUGGAGGAUGGAGCUUGGAACUCGAUUUUAACCUAAACCACAAAUCUUUGGGUCCUGGUUUUAUUUUUGAGGGGAGGAUUUUUUGUUGUCGUCGUCGUUCUGUUUAUUUCUUUUUUUUAACCAGGCUGCUACGUAACAAAUUAGGGUAAAAGUUUACCUCUCUUGGCAGUAAAGUUCAUUUAUUUCGUCCUCCUUUCUGUCUUUAAUCUCCCCCCUUCUUCGUUUUUAUUUCAUUUGGUCUCUUGUUUAUCCCAAAGUGGACCAACAGCACAAACCACUGGACUGUGUUUUACUGAGCAAGGAGCUGUUCGAGAACUGCUGCGGGUUCUUUAAUUCCCCAAACCACAGAGGAACGAAACAAACAAAUCAAACCCGUCGUUCUCGUGAUGAUCAAGUGAGAAUUUUUUCUCUGUGUGCAUCUUUCUAACUGCUCUGUGAGAGUGUGUGAAUCAUGCAUUUCACUGCCCUUCCCUGCUUUGGGAGGAGCUUCCACGUGAAGCAGUUGUGGGGUGAAGAGGGGACACCAAACGCCGAGCUCAGCGCAGUGGGAAGGAGCUCUUCCCACCACGGGAGAGGCCUCAGUGCUCAGGAACAAUCAGGUUAGACAGAGAUUUUCUGCAGAAAUCCUGGUGGGAAAGAACAGGCAGAAGAGGGGAAACAAAAUCAUCUUGAAUUCAGAAAAAAAAAAAAAAAAAAAAAAAUUAAAAA